AUGGUCGAGGACGAAGUCAAUGUGGCAUCCAUUCCGUACACUCCUGCCAAGAUCCCAAUUCCUGCUAGAGCACCUCCUUUGGUUAUUACACUUCCUGGUCCCGUCCCGUAUAACAAUGUGGAUAUUGUUGUUGGCAUUGGGAGAAUGACAAGGAGUGGCCAUAUUUUCAAUCCUCCCCAGAAUACUCGCAAUGAUAAUACAGAAGCUCUAGCUCAAGCAAAAGGGAAAAGAGUGGUAGAAGAUACAGUGGAUCAGGGGCAAAGCUCUAACUCUGAAGAUACUGUGGCCAAAGAGAUGGAAGAGUUCCUAAAGAUCAUCAAGAAAAGUGAUGCUGCCUUCGUCCCUCCGGAGAUCUCAGUGAAUCAACUUGAAGGAGUGGUGUCAAACAUCAAUGCUGGUAAUGGAUUGGGAUUCACUGACGCAGACUUACCUUCCGAAGGCAGAAACCACAAUAGAGCUUUGCAGAUAUCAGUGGAAUGUAAAGGGACUAUGUUAUCACGCGUUCUCGUGGAUACUGGGUCUUCUUUGAAUGUACUACCGAAGUCGUCUUUGAUGAGGCUGGAUUAUUCUGGUGUUGAGAUAAGGCCAAGUGAAUUGACAGUGAGAGCCUUUGAUGGCUCAAAGAGAUCAGUGUUUGGGGAGGUUGACUUGCCGAUAAUGAUAGGCCCUCAACUCUUCACUAUUAUUUUCUUCGUGAUGGAUAUCCACUCGUCUUACAGAUGUCUCCUGGGACGCCCAUGGAUCCAUGGUGCUGGGGCCAUGACUUCCAUAUUACAUCAGAAACUCAAAUUUGCGACUCAAGGAAAGAUAGUCACAAUUUGUGGGGAAGAAGAACACGUGGUAAGCCAUCUUGCGUCCUUCAGGUAUAUUGAGGUGGAAGGAGAGAUCCACAAGACACCAUGCCAAGCUUUUGAGGCCGUUCAGACUAUCAAGAUCCCUUAUGCUGAAAAUAAGAAGUUGGAGGCUACCAUGUCUUCACUAAAGGAAGCUAAAGCGGUGGUUGAAUCUGGUCAUCCUGAAGGAUGGGGCCGAGUCUUGGAUUUACCGAUCAAGCAAGAUAACUGUGGGAUUGGAUAUCAGUUGGGUCAGAGUUCAUCUAGUGGGCCCCCCAAGAAGCCGGGAACCUUCGUUCUAAUCAAGUUCUCUAGUGCUGGCAUUGUCAAAGAUCAUAUAUGCGCUGCUGAUGAUGAUAUGGAUAGCGAUUAUGACAUCGAGGAAUGGAUCAAGCCGUGUGUCCCAGGACAAAAACUACUCAACUGGUCGUCCAAAGACAUCAUCUCAAUUGCUUUUGAUCAAGAGUAA